GUAAGCAGAUUGUUCUUAUAAAUGUAAACAAAGUCGAGUCAUAAUUGAAGGGGAUGCUCUCCCAGAUUGUAAUGUGAACUGAGUAAUUUGCAGUAUUUAACAAUGAACAGAAAUGCUAACAAGUCACUGAAAAGAAAAGUCAUUGAGUAUCAAGAUGGAGAAAUUGAUGAAGAUGGUCGUGCAUCAAAAGAAGCAAAAAGGGACACAUCCAACUCAAGCAUUUCUUCUAGUUUUAGCACGCUAGCACUUCGCAGACUUGUUCCUGAAGAUUGGAACCCUUCGCCUAUUUCUAGAAAGCAAGAUGAAGAAAAUGAGGAUUCUUUUGAAAAGACAGGAGAUCGGACUGUGGACCGUGGAACCUUAUGGUCAGGAAAAGAUGUCUGUCAAGAACCUCAGGGAAUAUCUCAGUUGUAUAUGGCUUGUAAUAGAUCAGUGAAGAAGUCAUCAUCUUGUGAUUGUGAGACACAGACUUAUUAUUUUGUGCCAAAUUCUCAUGAUACAAGAAAUGAAGUUUCAAAAGACAAGGGUCUAGUCAGAGAAUGCUGUGUGAUAGGUUGUAAAUAUAAUUCAGAGGAGGAUUCUUCAGUUUCAUACUAUGGCCUUCCUUCAAGCAAAGCAGAAAGAUCGCUUUGGGCAGACACUCUUGGAUUGAAAUUUGCCAGUGCAUCAAAAGGUGAAAUUCAAGAAAUCUGCUCUAGGCAUUUUGAUGCUAGUAUCAGUCCCCAGAGUUCCUUGCCAAAAGUGUCACACACUCCAAAGUCAAAAACAAGAAAGAAAAAAACAUGUGAUAUAUUAAUAGCAGAGGAGGCAGAGAAAGUCAAGCAGAGUAUGGCUACAGGUAGAGCCAAAAGAACUCCAAAGCCAAAUAGAAAUUAUGACUGGGCCGAGUUAAUGCCAUUGAUAAAGAGUGAGACUGAGGACUAUGAGAUGGAGGCUGCCAUGUCAAAGAAUCCUGGAAAGCGUCGAAAGCAGCUGUUGGAUUACAUUAAAAAGGGGAAAAAAGGAAAUGAGAGGUCUUUUAUGGAAAUGCAUGUAAAUUUGGACGACGAAGUGGAAGAAUCGGACUCUGAAUCAGAUGAGUAUGAUGUUGGUAAUAUUAGUUUGCCAUCAUUGCCAAGACCACCACCGCCAAAGGGUAAAGGCCGACCACAUCGAAUACAGGAUACAUGCACACAAACAGAAAGCAGUUUGAACUCGAGGGGUCCUCUAAGAGAAGUUAAGGUGCAGUGCAACCUUACAGCUGAACCUUUAGUUAGCUGCUCAAGUUGUUCCAGUAUUGACUGGAGAAGCUUAGAUGAGGAGUUGUCCCAAAUUAUGUCAGUAAUUGAAUGUGAAAUUGUCAACCCCAUUUUAUCAAGAUGCCUCUCGAAUGCUCUUUCGGAACAUGCUAUACCAUCCCAUGCUGCAAAUGUUCUUAAGAUGAUUGCUGGAUUACCAAGGGAUUAUUUGGAAGAUAGGAAAGACAUACAUAUUGUUCCUGGUGAAGAUGAAUUUGAUGAGGUGGAAAUUGAGAAGUUCAUCCAUCAGGAGGAGGGACCAAUUGUGGGCAUUAGAGAAAUCAUAGCAAAAGAUUGGAACAAGAAAGCGAAAACUGUAAGGACCACAGCCUCGAAACGAGAUGAAGAUAUCUUAGAUGAUCCAGAUAGUUUUGGCUUGAAGGAGGCUACUGACAAAGAUGACGAUGAAUUCAACCCUGAGGGUGCUGCUGUAGAGGAAGAUGAUGAUGAUUAUGAGGAAGAUGAUGACUGGGAUAUCAAAAAAGAUGAUUCAGGGGCCUCCAUACAAAAGAAGAAGACACGUCUUAAGGCCAAGAAAGAGCAAAAUCAAGAAGCUUCAACACUGAAGCAAAGCAGAAAGAAUAUGGAAAAGGCUGCACGCUCACGUGUGGGUCAGAUUUCCGAGCCGUCAAAAGGAAAACGUAAAAAGUUGGUGAUACAGAGUUAUUCAAUGAAGUGUCAUGUGUGUCAAGAGAUCUUUGAUGACCAACAAGAACUUCGAAAGCAUAUUCUGGAACUACAUGAAAAAGGAUUCUUUUUGCCACCGUCACAUCGGUGUAAUGACUGUCAAGAAACAUUCAAUGACAAAAUUAGCUUGAGUGUACAUCGAAUGUUCAAGCAUGGAGAUCCCCGCCGUUACCAAUGUAACCAGUGCGACUAUGAAGGCCCUAGGCUUUACCACUUGAAGAGACACUUGCAAGUUCACAGUGGUGAACGACGGUUUCAUUGUAAAGAAUGUGGGAGGGGUUUCAAGUCGAAGGCAGCUCUCAAAAACCACACAGCUAUACAUACCAAUGAAGGUCUCUAUAAGUGUAAGAUAUGUGAAAAAGCCUACAACAGUAAAGUUGUUUAUGAAGACCAUAUUCGUAGCCACAAAACUGAGAAAAACUUCGAGUGUAAAUAUUGUGGGAUUACCUUCAAAACUUAUAAACAUGUGGCAUGUCAUAUUCGUGCAGUGCACUUAAAUGACAAGAGAUUUAUAUGUGAUUUGUGUGGCUCUAGACACAUGACAGGAACAAACUUAAAGAAACACACUGAAACCCACAAAGGUAUAGAACUCCUUCCAUAUACCCACCAAUGUAUGAUGUGCAACAGCAUGUUUCGAGGUUCUAAAGGUUUAAUUGCACACAUGAAAGUGAUGCAUGUAACUAUCAGUAGUAGUGGAUUGUCUGAUGUCCUAAUAACAACCACCCCUCAUCCAACCAGACGUUCUGUGAGCAUUGAAUACAAUAAAGUUGUUAGUGCUGUAAAUGAAAAAUGAAAUUUUACAUGAGUACUGAGUCUUUCUCUCUCUCUCAGUCCUGUGGAUCAGUGCUUUAGUGUUUAACAUACUCUAAAUUGUAACCCAUUUACAAAUUAAAAAAUACUAUUAUACAGUAGCUCAUAUAUAUGAAACUUAGAGUGUAUUUUCAAGGUAAAAGCACAGUAUCAAGUUUGUUUUCACACAUAUACUGUAAUUGUCUGAUUGAAAAUAAAACAUGGUAAAGCUUCCUAAUGUUGAAGUGUCACAUGAAAGAUAGACAAUGAUUUUUGUUGAUUUUCUCAUAAGCUAGAGCAAAGCAUAACAUUUCAUUUGAAGUCUAUUGCCAAUUCCAGCAUUAUGAUUAGGUCCAGACUAGCAUCAAAGGCUAUUAUCUGCUGUUCUAAUUGACAGUGAAAAGCCCCUGAGAGGCUGGGCUUUUCCUCUGUAUUGGUUAUGGUAAGGUGGGGACAGGAGCAGCUACUAAUUACUUUAAAUUAUCAUUAUUGUUGAUGCAGUAUUAUUUUGUCAGUUAUAUUGUAGUAUAUUGAUCAUUAACUCUAACUUGAUAUAUACAAUCAUUUAUUUGUGCAAGUAUUUUUUUUUAAAUUUAAAAGCUUUUUUCUUAUGAUGUGGACUCCCCAGACAAAAAAUUACACAACCUUCACUGCCACAUUUAUAAUUUACAAUAACUGUUGUGGAUGUACCCUCUUAUGCAGAAAAUUUAUACAUUAGACACUUGAUAGAAGACUCAAGAGUGGUACAUUUAAACCACACACACACACACACACACACACACACUUCAUUCUCUUCUUGUCUUCCAUGUACUCUACCAUUCCUAGAUAUCAAGGCCUUCCCUUUCCAGUUUUGCUUGUUGUGUGUCCAACACUUUUAGGCCAUCUUCUCCUCCUUAAUAACAAUUUUGAAUUAUGUACUCAUCACCAGCCUAUCAUCCACUGUUCCAUCCACGUGGCCAAAGAAUCUCAAAACACAUUUUCUAUCCUUUCUCUUUUAUCACAUGAGGACAGAGCAUAAAGACAAAUUUUGUCUAUACUCUGUCCUCAAGCUUUUGCUAUUUAUGGCCUUUGAUCAUAUGCAUAGCUCAAACUCAAUCUUAAUGCUGGGAAUGCCAUUAAAUGUUGUAUUAGGAGUGUCAGACAUGGAAAAAACAAAUGCAGGAAGCCUCCCAUCUAACCAGGUGUACAUUAAUCACUAUUAGAACCCAUUUAAAAAUAUGACCUAACAUUCCUCCACAUCACCACAGAAGCUAAAGCAAGUAAAAGAGACAGAGGUCAGGGUUUUAAGAGUGUGCAGGAAUUAACACAAUGAAAAUAAUGUGUGUGUGUACACCUCACUCCACUCCACCUAAUCAGCUGACAGCUUCUGACUCAUCACAUUCCUCCCUACUUAAGUCAUACUUUUGCAGCACUCUGUAAUGCUAAGUGCACUUAGCCGUAAAUUCUAUCAAGUAUAGAAAAUUACCCAAGAAUAUUUGUUUACCAGUAAGGUUACUUUACAAAAUUGCAGAAGUGACAGUGAAUAAGCAUUGUAUUUUAUGCUGAUAAGAAAUGUUUUGUCUUGCAAUUCGGUAAUUCUGCCAUAUUAAGGUAGGGUAAGACCAAAAAUUUUAGAUUAUUGUCAUUCAGUAAAGAGUAUGCACAGAUUAUGUUAUUUACAAUGUGCAGAAAGGCAAGACAACUUUUUCUUCCAUGGUAGGAUAUUGUUCUGCUGAAUAUUGAUGGAAGUAAUAGUGAAACUGCUUAUGAUAUGAAAAGUUAUUUGAUAUUAAAGAAAAGUAUUUGUAUUUUUCUUUGGAAAGGUUUUAUUUCAAAUAUGAUUAUACCAAAGGAUAUUUUGUUAAUUUUCUAUGUAGUUACAAAAUUAAUUGUAUGUAUUACUUAAACAUAAGACUUGCCCUGUUCCAGGAGUUCUUGCAACAUCAUAGCUUUUAUGCAGCUUGCAUACACAACAUUCUGUGGGCUCUUGACUAUUGAUAUUUGAUUAUACAGUAUAACAUACAUUAAAGGGAAGUUUUGUUCAGAACAUGAUUUAUCCCCAUUAGAUUAGGCUGAAACAAUGAUGGGUCUCUUCUUGCAUUCUUGCAGAGUUGAAAGGAGAAAUGGCUGCUGUGUCUUGCCGCUAUUGCCGCAAACUAUUUCUCAAUAAGGAGCAGUUUCUUGCACAUGGUUGCAAAGGCCAGCGCACUGAUAAGGGUCGCAAAUUUGUGUGUACCAUAUGUGGCAGAAGCUUUGCUCAGAAGAUAGGCCUCCAGUACCAUAAUGUUUAUAUUCACAAUGGAGAACGGAAAGCAGCUUGUCCUCAUUGCAACUAUU